CUUCCUACUCUUAUAUAUAAGCAGAGCAACCACUUCUUUGAUCACUGCAAUCCUUUGAGCCAGAGAAUUUGGUAGCCAAAAAUGUCUCAAGACAUUUCCCAAACUGAUUCAGCGUCCAAUGUUCCUGCUUUUGUCCUCAAGAGAAGAGGGGGAGCGGAAAAUCACCGAACAUGCCGCCUGGACACAGACAAUCCACAGGGCGUCCUGCUUGUCGUUGGCACAUCUUUAAAGGCGAAUUUGAACAGGAGCGCCCCUCCUGGCUCCAACUUCUUCUCAGUGAAGUGCACUCCCAAUGUUAAAUUCGAACUCCGCCCUCCACUUGGGGAGUCAUCCCAACAGGCCCUGAUACCCCUCAGUGGAAACUCAGUCAUACUCAUCAGCAUGAGCAAGGCCAGCCAAUCUGAAAGAGAAGAUAAGCUGUCCGUCUACUAUUAUGGAAGUGGAAGUACCAGCAAGGUUUUGGGGACAGCAGUUCUGCAUCUUACUGCCAUUGAGAUCUCUCUUGACGUGGAUGCUGACAGAGAUGGUAUUGUGGAGAAAAACAACCCGAAUAAGGAAUCAUGGACAUGGGGUCCCAAAGGGCAUGGAGCUAUCCUUCUGGUCAACUGUGAUUCAGAAAAUAUAUACAACAAGUCACCAGACAGUGAGGAUCCCCGCAAACUCAAAGUGGCAGAUCUUAAGGACAUGUCGCUCAUGGUGCUGCGGACCAGAGGACCUGCAGAACUCCCAGAAGGCUACAAACUCGCCAUGCACAUCUCUCAGGGAGACGCAGAGAGUGUUCGAGUCUUCAGGGCUGCAUCCCGUGAAGUGGUUAAGAGCAGCCUGCAUAAAAUUUUUAGUUCCUUUGUAAAGGACUAUCCAUUGGUGCUAAGCAGUGAGGUGCUGUCUAAGAAAGUGCCUUACCUUGGAGGCUCAGCAGAAAUGAACUUCUAUGUGGAGGGUCUGAGGUUUCCUGACAAGGACUUUGAUGGGCUCAUCACCAUCAACCUUAGCUUACUGCAGCCAGUGAAGGCGGGCAUUCCUGAGACACCCAUUUUUACAGACAAAGUGGUGUUCAGAGUGUCACCAUGGAUCAUGACACCCAACACCCUCCAGCCUGUGGAGGUGUUUGUUUGCAGUACGUCUGAUAACUACCAGUUCCUCAAAGGAAUGAAGACUCUUGUUACACGUUGUGGGUACAAACUGAAGAUCUGCCAUGAAUACCUGAACAGAGGAGAUCGCUGGAUGCAAGAUGAACUGGAAUUUGGUUACAUUGAUUCACCCCAUCACUCAUUUCCUGUGGUUUUGGAUUCCCCCAGAGAUGGAAAACUUGAUGUCUUUCCUUAUGAUGAACUAUUGGGCCCUGACUUUGGGUAUGUGACCAGAGUGGCUUGCAGAAAAGAUGUGAGCAGCCUGGACUCGUUUGGUAAUCUGGAGGUCAGUCCUCCCGUCACAGUGAAUGGAAAAAAAUACCCUCUGGGCAGAAUCCUCAUUGGGGUUGCCUUCCCAACGGCAACUAAGGGACGAAACAUGACCAAAGUGGUUCAAGACUUUUUGUGGGCUCAGAAGGUUCAGGAGCCUGUUGCCUUGUUUUCUGACUGGCUCUGUGUUGGUCACAUCGAUGAAUUCAUGACCUUUGUUCCGGCUCCCGACAGAAAGGGCUUUCGUCUGCUAUUGGCCAGCCCAGACGCGGGCUACAAAUUAUUCAGAGGACUGAGUAAUGAUGGGCAUGGACAAGCCAAGAUGUUUGAUGGUGUGAAAAAGGAAGUGUAUGUGACAGUGGAUGAUAUCCUGAGGGAUGAAAAUAUGCGACAUGAAAAUAACUACGUACAGAGCUGCAUUGACUGGAACAGGGAUGUUCUGAAAAGAGAGCUGGGCCUGGAUGAUGACGACAUUAUUGACCUCCCAAUUCUUUUUAAGCUGGAUGACGAGGAUAAAUCCAGAGCAGUGGCUUACUACCCUGAUAUGGUCAACAUGAUUGUUUUGGGGAAAAACCUUGGCAUUCCAAAGCCGUUUGGCCCCAAGGUGAAUGGACGCUGUGCCCUGGAGACCGAGAUGUGCUCCCUGAUGGAGGGCCUGGGCCUCAACUGCGUCUUCAUUGACGACUUCGCCUCCUACCACGAACUGAUGGGAGAGGUGCACUGUGGCUCCAACGUCCGCAGAAAGCCUUUUGACUUCAAAUGGUGGAACCUUGAGCUGUGAAUUAAAAACUAAAAAAGGUCAAAGGUACAAUCCUUAAGGAUUCGGUUCAGCAAAUAUUCUACAAUAUCACAGGAAAGGCUUCUUUAAAUGACAAUUCUCCUUCUUUGUAACACCAUUUUGAUAAAAUUUAAACAAUCAAAUUUUCAUUAAAAGCAAUUCCUUGCUUCAACACUUGAAUCAGUCAUACAUUUAUGUAAAUUUGGAUUUAAGAGAUAAUCACACUUUAAAUCUGAAAUGGUUUAAAAAGAGUAAAUGGUAAUCAGCAAAGCUACGCAGCAUGCACACCGCUUUUCCUGUGAAUUUCUUUUUUUUCCCUGUCAGUCAUAACAAGAUUCAGCCAUUAAGGCUAAGUGUGCACAGAAGCAAUGACUUAAUAAGGUCUAAUACGUACAUGAAGGUGCCAAAUUUUCAAGUAGCAUAAAAUGGCUUUAUCUGUAGUAUUAUUACCUAAAACACCUGGGGUUCAAAAAGUGCCACAAUUCAGUAAAUUAAAUUUGUUAGUAAACAUAUACAUAAUGUGAUAAAUUAAAUAAAUACAAUUCAUUGAAUGCACCAAUGAUUUAAAAGGAACAAAAUGUACUUUUAAUUUUCUCAUCUUAAAGCAUUUAUAAUUAUCUCAGUGGUUGUUUGGAUUUCAUUGUCUAAUAAUGCACAUCAUGAAUUAAUUUUAUCUGUCAAAUUUAAAUUUUCUAGAGUGUAUAAGCUGAUGUACUGCAGCUUAUAUGACACAAAAUAAAGUUAUUCUCAAAUGAUUGUAGAUGAUUUUAUCACAGGCUUACAGUAACAUUUAUAUAAGCCACUGAUGUUGGUUUUAUUUAAAUUAUCACAUAUAGUAUAUAUUUAUUUGACAAAUUUAUUUGAAUUUUAGCAUUUUUGAACAAUAGAAAGCAUAGUUUUUGUUAUCUGUUUAGAACAUCUGUUGCUAAAUAACUUUCUUCUCUUAACAGAUACUUUCAUAAUAGUACCUCAGUCUCAUUCUUUGCAUAGUAACAAUCAGCAUUUAUUGAGAAUAAAUUACUCUGGGGCUAGUGGUGUUCAUUUUUAUUAAACCUUCUCCUUGAUUUCAUUUACAAAAAAAAAGAUGAAAAGCAAUAUUUACAAACAAGUUUUUUGUUUUUUUUAACAAGGGUUUAAGCCAACAGAGAACAGAAAUACAAUCAUUUGAUUUAAGCACAGCAAAUAAUUUCUUUCUAUGUUUUUAGUGGCUGAUGUACACUGCUAUGCAGUGCAAACACGUACACUGGAAUGAUGGUACCAUAUAGUAAUAGCAAUAACAAUAUCGAGCCACAAGAGGGCAGACAUUAUCUACUCCAGUCUUUUCAAUAGCCAACAGUUUUUUUUUCUUUAAGAAUCUGCUUAAAGGAUAUUUUUGCAUUAUACUUACUAUUUUUUGUGAUUUAUUUUCCUAUGCCACUUUAUUUUUGUCACUAUAAAGAGCCUUAAUGAAUACAUUAUACACUUCUGUCUUUGCUUCUGUCUUAAAAUUCUUUUUACUUUGUAUGCAAUAUAAAUGCUUCCAUCUGUUAACUACACUAUAAAUAUAUUCUGAAAAUUUACUGAAAUAAAUUGUCUCAACCGU